AUGGUGCACCACCAACGCCAUCGAUCGCAGCAACCAUAAAAACGGCACGCAACUCCCUCUCUCCUCCCACGUGACCCGCCAAGAUCCAACCUUUCACUCUCCCCCAACCCUCCUUCACCUCACUUUCUCCGCCUCCACAUUCCCACCAAAUCCAAAACUCUCCCUCCUCUCUCCUCCCCACCUUCCCCUCUCUCUCCCGCCGUAAUUGCCGCCGCCUCAUUUCCUUUCCGCCGCUUCCCAGGUUGUGUUUUGUAAAUGGCCAAAGUUAACAAGUUGCGACGUAAACAUGACUUCCGAGCUGUAAAGAAGAUCCAGCAUCCAUUAAAGGUUCUUAAAGAUGUGCAUUCAAAAAAGAAACCUCACAAAGCAGUGGAGAAGAAAGAUUGGGAAAAUGUGACAUGUUCGGUCUGCAUGGAGUUCCCUCACAAUGCUGUUCUCCUCCUUUGUUCCUCUUAUAAUAAGGGUUGUCGCCCAUAUAUGUGUGCCACUGGCCAUCGCUAUUCAAACUGUCUCGAACAAUAUAAGAAAGCGUACACAAAAGCAUGUUCAAUUCAAAAUUCUCAACCAUGGAAUGGACCAAUGGACAGUUUAGGUUUCAGUUCAAGUGAAGGGGAGCCCAAGGAGAAGACAGAUGUACCAGAGCUUUUAUGCCCGCUAUGUCGGGGGCAAGUGAAGGGUUGGACAGUGGUGGAACCAGCACGAGAAUAUUUUGAUGCCAAGAAGAGAACAUGCUUGCAGGAAAAUUGCUCAUUUGCUGGAACUUAUAAACAGCUCAGAAAACAUGUUAAGGCAAAGCACCCAUUGGCACGACCCCGAGAAGUGGAUCCUUUACUUGAAGAAAAAUGGAAGAAGCUUGAGUAUGAGAGAGAGCGAAGUGAUGUUAUCAGCACAAUAGUGUCAUCUACUCCAGGGGCAGUGAUCAUGGGGGAUUAUGUGCUGGAGCCAAACCCUGAUGGCAUUUACAGUGAUUCUGAUUCGGAGCUAGAUGAUGACAGUGACUCAGAUGAUUUUGGAUUUGGUUCAUUUGAUAUUGGUGGUCUCUUCUCACGGCGCACGAUUUUGGAUGAAAAUGGUUUUUUGCGUGCUUCAGCUUCUCGUUCUGCCUUUGCACCUCGACGUGGUUCUGUUCGAGGCAGGGGAGUGGUGCGGAGGCUUGUCGGGCUUAGAGGUGGGGGCGUGCAGCGUAGAAUUAGAGAACCUGGACGAUUCUUAUGACGAAAAUUGCCCAAAUGUUGGGGAGAAUGCAUUCUACUUUUGCGAUUUUCUUUUCAAUGCAUUCACCUCAUUGAUGCACCUUGUUAUGGUAUGCGUUAGAAGUAUUGUCAUUUUCAUUGGAAACUUAGGCAGUUGAACCCACUUUUUUGGUUUCGAAUCAUUGCUUCUGCGGCCUGGAUUGCACGCUGUGAUUAGUGACAGGUUACUGAUUAACAGGUUGUAGGAAAUGCAGAUGGCUGGGCAUAAACCCUGGAUACUUGAGGGCAGUUUCGUGUUCAAUAUUCCUCGUAGAUUGUAUUGAUCGGUUAUUCUUUGUCUUUCAACAGGGGUGAAUAGUGUACCUUCUUUUUAUCUUCUCUUAAAUUCUGAAUUCAGUGACCUACCGUGUUGAUUCUUUUGCCAAUUUCAUUUAUAGCUGGUGUACAGCUUCUGGAGGAAUAAUGUAUUUCCUUGUGUGAA